GUAGGGUUCGAGAUGUGUAUAUAGCGUCCACUACAGCAACAGAUACCAGUUCCAGCGGCCAAACAACCAGAAUAAUACAUGCGGCCACCUCAAUCUCCAAUUUCAAAGUAGAUAUCGAGACAUCUAAUCCGUUGGCACAUCUUUACUUAUCAGGUUGGAUAUUGGAAGCGGUUGACCCAUACACCACUACUACCAAUCAUCCGAUACCUUCUACUCGAGUCACUUACAUGGGGUGCAUAGAUCUUGGUCAGAGUAUUCCAGCUUAUAUCAGCAAUAUGGCGACUUCUAAUUUGAUCAAGAGCAUUGGCCGUGUCGAAUCCCUUUUGAAAGCUAGUGGUCCACCCCCGAGGCUACUUUCUCCCAUCCCAUUUGCUGAUCUACAAGGGGGCGAGCUUCGAUGGAGUGGGAAAGGCAUUGCCUUUGCCGGAGACCAACUUGUCGAGGUCCAAUAUGUACCAUCGCAAAAGCAUUGGAUGGUUUCAAGCUCUUUCGAUCAUGCUAAGCUCACACUGCCUCAGUCUGCAUCGGAUCCAUCUAUCAAAGAAGAUGCUCCGCAGACACUCAAGCAAUCACCAAUGACGUCUAUCUCCAGCACUAUGAUUAAAUCGCCUCUUUUAUCUGAGCGAAGAGGUUCGGCUCCAGGACGGAUACCAUUGGGAGUUUUGUCGAACAAGCCAAAGAUGGCGCAUUCCAAGUACCCUUCGUUCUCUAACCUCAAGUCAAAAGUUACAUUGAUGGAUGUAGUGGUGGAUCUUAAGUCAUUUGACAAGGGAUACCACUGCGAAGUUAGAUUUUCAGUGGAGCCUGGCCAUAGUAUCGACUUAUCCGACAAAUUGACCGCUCGUAUAGAGCAAUUGCACCCGGAGCCUUCUUAUCUUGUUGGCAGUGCUGGUUCACUACCUCCGAUCAAACAUCAUAUAGAAGUCAAGCUGGACUUGGAGAGCGUCACCAAGGAGAUGAAGCAACAGUUGUACAGUGAAUUACAUAAUUAUAAGCUCACAUUCAUACUUAACCCAGUGACCGAUACUCACUUGCUGGCGAAAACCAACAAGCUCACCAUAUCUGGUGUUCUUGGUGAAGAUGAGGAUAAAUGGAAAGGCAUCAACUUAAUCAAUGGGCAAGAAAUAACCUUGAAUCAGGACACCAGACUGACCUCUUUGAGCGGCAGCCAUGCUACCGUCACAGAUGCACGUCCAUCUAAACAGGAAGUGGAAACUGGAGAAAGCGAAACAACCAUCGCUGCUGUGUUUUCCAAUGUUGUAUCCCAUCCUGCAUUAUCUUGGAUAACACAUUUAAGUGGAAGUGCUGCUACCAAUGCCACUGUGGAGAGGGAAGAGCAGACAUCUCCUGUGUUGCCAGCAACAGCCUCAAUGCAAGACGCCAUCGAAACGGAGCCUAUGAGCAAGUCAGUGAGUUCGCAUAUUCAAGAUAUCAGUAAUAUGGUUUUAUCACCUUUUAUACCUGGAUCUCCUUCGCCUCCACAACUCUCUCCAUCCAGUGCUGAGAUCAUGCAUGAGCUAUACACAGAUGGCAAGGACAUCACCGGUUCAGACGAUAGGAAAUCCAUAAGAUCUUCUACUGCCGAGACUCAGACGGUCGUUGUAACGCCUUCGCAUUCAAGGUCGCAUGCGCUCUUGAGACAAUUUGCCGUCAUCUUCCUCUUAUCUAUUCUUAUUGGAGUUUUAAUACGAUCGUUUGCAAUAUUAGCAAUCGACUCUGAUAAUGAGGCUGCCACCAUACGACUCCUUGAAACCGAUCCAAGUAAUAUCAAGCAAAUAUGGCGUAUGCGAUGGUUUGGUGGAUGGGACGUAGAAUUCAUUGCCGUCAAACGUCGUUGAGGCAUUGUAGAUAUGUAUAUAAUCAAAGUCGUUGCCCAAUGAAAUUGAUAAAGAACAAACGAUUUUAUAUUUCCUUUAUAAAUCUUUGAAAAAUUGAGGAUGUACU